AUGAAUCAUACAAACUUCACCCCUGAAGCCAAUGCAGCCAUCAGAUCCAAAACAGUAACUGAAAACAUGCUUAUUACCCUGAGUCUAUCUGUAAUUACGACCUUGACGAUGCUGCUGAACUCCUCCGUCAUUUCAGCAAUCUGCACAACAAAGAAACUCCACCAGCCUGCCAACUACUUAAUCUGCUCACUGGCUGUCACAGACUUGCUUGUUGCUGUUCUGGUCAUGCCUCUGAGUAUCGCGUACAUAGUGAUGGAAAGGUGGACUUUAGGAUACUUCCUCUGUGAAGUAUGGCUGAGCAUGGACAUGACCUGUUGCACGUGCUCGAUUCUCCAUCUUUGUGUCAUUGCGCUGGAUAGAUACUGGGCGAUUACAGACGCCAUUGAAUACGCCAGGAAAAGGACUGCCAAGAGAGCCGGUGUGAUGAUUGGAACAGUCUGGACAAUCUCCACGUUCAUCUCUAUGCCUCCUUUGUUUUGGAGAAACCAUCGCAAUAACACCAGUUCCAAUGAGUGUCAGAUUCAACAUAACCAUGUGAUCUACACCAUUUAUUCCACGUUUGGGGCAUUUUAUAUCCCUUUGACCCUCAUCCUGAUUGUCUACUACAGAAUCUAUCAUGCUGCCAAGAGCCUUUACCAGAAACGUGGCUCAAGCCGACAUCUCAGCAGCAGGAGCACCGACAGCCAAAAUUCUUUUGCCAGUUGUAAGCUCACACAGACAUUUUGUGUUUCAGACUUUUCCACGUCUGACCCAACCACAGAGUUUGACAGAAUGCAUGCUUCGGUGAGGACCUCUGCCUUUGAUAAUGACUUCGAUUUGGGUGGAGACCGCCAGCAGAUUUCCAGUGUGCGGGAGCGAAAGGCUGCGCGCAUCCUUGGCCUCAUUUUAGGCGCGUUCAUUCUGUCUUGGUUGCCAUUUUUCAUUAAAGAGCUCAUUGUGGGCCUUGGGCUAAGCACCGUAUCUUCAGAAGUAGCUCACUUUUUGACCUGGCUUGGUUACGUGAAUUCUCUUAUCAAUCCUCUGCUGUACACGAGCUUUAAUGAAGAUUUUAAGCUUGCCUUUAAAAAGCUUAUCAAGUGUUGGGAACAAUCUUAG